AAGCAUUAAUUUGUUUAGCAGUAAAAGCUGUUGCUGUGAGGUGUGGAAAGAAUUCCAAGGGGUGGAUCUUUACCGAAUCAAAUUUCUGGUGGUAGUUGUAUUGGGAUAGGCUUACGGGUUAUUAAUUUAAAGUUCGUAUCAAAUAGUACAAAAUGGAUGAAGACUACGACGUAAUUGUUUUAGGAACCGGUUUAAAGGAAUGUAUUCUAAGUGGAAUGCUCUCUGUAAGCGGGAAGAAAGUCUUGCAUAUGGAUAGGAACAAGUACUAUGGAGGUGAAAGUGCAUCAAUCACUCCUCUAGAAGAACUCUUUGCCAAAUUCAAUAUGCCGACAACUCGUUUUGACGAAUAUGGUCGAUCUAGAGAUUGGAAUGUGGAUCUUAUACCCAAGUUUUUGAUGGCCAAUGGCCAGCUGGUGAAGUUACUCAUCCAUACAGGCGUGACUCGCUACCUAGAGUUUAAAGUGGUUGAAGGGAGUUAUGUCUAUAAAGGAGGAAAGAUUUAUAAGGUUCCUGCAGAUGAGAAAGAAGCCUUGGCUUCAGAUUUGAUGGGUAUGUUUGAGAAAAGAAGGUUUCGUAGUUUCUUGGCCUAUGUUCACGAAUUUGUUGUGGAUAACCCCAAAACAUGGAAAGAAAUUGAUGCAAAAACAAUGAAUGCAGCUACGAUGUAUGAAAAGUUUGGGUUAGAUAAUGAUACUGCUGGCUUUACAGGCCAUGCAUUGGCCUUGUACCGAGAUGAUGAGUAA